AUGAAGGCCUCGAUUGCCUCGUUGACAGCUCUGCUGGUCACAUCGAUCACAGCGUUACGUCCAGUAUUCAGGCCUCGAGCGGCUGCCACUGGCCCAUUCUUGACUCAGGUUGAUAACGAGACUUGGGUGAUUGGUAACGAGCUAUGGAACGUGACCCAGGGGCGGACGUACGGGGUCAAAUUGUACUACAAAGACCAUGACUGUGUUGGUGAUGCCGUAGGCCACUAUGUCAGCUACAAUGGCGCGGCAAGCAACCUGAAUUGGACUUCAGCUUCGAUUGUGACCGAGGGCACUAUCGAUGGCUCCAGCUACAUCGAUGUCAAGUUCACAGCCGCCGAAGGCGACAUGCACUGGAUAAUCCUGUCGGGUCUCACUGGCGCCUACCAGUACUUUGUCAACCACAACUUGCCCACUCUGGGGGAAUUCCGGACGCUCUGGCGGCUCGACAACACCACAUUCCCCAAUGGAAAGACCGACGUCAGGGACGAGGCACUUCCGCCCCUGAGCGAGUACAUCAGCACCCUGAAAGUCCAGGAUGAGACGUGGCUCAAACCCGACGGCUCGGGCUACAUUACCAAGUACGACUUCUCGAGUUGGAUCAGGACGCAGACAUACUACGGUGUUUACGGUGAGAAUUUUGGCAGCUGGUACAUCAAUGCCGGCAAAGACUACUACAACGGCAAUCACCUCAAGCAAGAGUUGAUGGUGCAUCGCGAAUCUGCCACCGGUGAUGCCGUCCAGCUCAACAUGAUCCACGGCACUCACUUCCAAGUCUCAGCCACGGAUGUCUUCCCAGAUGGUAAGAUGUGGGGCCCAUGGCUCUGGUACCUGAACGACGGCUCCAAGGAAGAUGCCGAGCUCCGGGCGAAGCAGGAAUUCGCUUCCUGGCCGUAUGCCUGGUUCGAAGACGAAGCAUACCAGACCCGAGGGUCUGUGAAGGGCCAGCUGGUGCUCUCCGACGGCCGCCCUGCAACGAACGCCGCUGUCUUUCUCGGUGAUAGUAGUCCCAACAAAACCGCGCUUGACCAGGGCUCGGACUAUUACUAUACGGGAUACGCAGACGAGCAGGGCAAUUUCGAGUUCAAGGAUGUCCGGGUUGGCACUUACGGCCUCCAAGCCUGGUCAAAUGGCAGCAAGAUCGCCGAUGUUACGACUAGCUUCCUACAGAACAACGUCAAAGUCGAGAAGGACCAUCUCACAGACCUGGCCUCACUGGAGUGGCAAGUCUCGGCAAAGACCAAGCUCUUCCAGGUCGGCGACUUUGAUCGCUACAGCUACGGGUUCCAGUACGGCGGCUCGCCCUACGAGCACGGCGUCGUCGACAAGUGUCCCGCGGACCUCACCUUCACCGUCGGUUCCUCACGCACCGAGGACUGGUGCAUGGGGCAAUCCAAGCUGGGCAACUGGACCAUCGCCUUCGACGUGCCCAAAGCGGCGGCGCAGUGCUCCUCCUCCAAGAAGAACGCGACGCUGCUUGUCUCGCUGGCCGGCUACUCGACCGGCGUCAGCUCCAACGUCUACGCCAACGACGUGCUGCUCGGCAACCUGACCAGCGGCGGUGGCAUCGGCACGAACUAUACGGCAACGCUGCUCAACGACCCCAGCCUGUACCGCUCCGGCACCGCGGCCGGCGAGUGGCGGUACUUUGAGUUCCCGUUCGACGCGGCGGUGCUGCGGCCCGGUGCUGCCAACGAGGUCCGGUUCCAGGUCACGCGGAACUCGACGUGGCAUGGCUUCAUGUGGGACAGCAUCGUGCUCGAGUGGUGA